AUGGUAUCAUCUACCAACAACACAGGGAUUCAGGUGACAGAGUUUCUGAUGAUCUGCUUUCCAGGAAUGCAGGACACACAGCACUGGCUAUCCAUCAUCUUGGCUCCCCUCCUGGUUUUGGCCCUUGCAGCCAACUUUGUGCUAUUAUUCACCAUCCAUCAGGAGGCAUCUCUGCAUGAGCCCAUGUACUAUCUGCUUGCCAUCCUCUCUGUGCUUGAUGUCAUCCUCUGCCUCACUGUCAUCCCCAAGGUCCUGCUUAUCUUCUGGUUCAACAUGAAACCCAUCAGCUUUGUGGGCUGCUUCCUGCAGAUGUUCAUCAUGAACACCUUCCUUCCCAUGGAAUCCUCUAUGUUUCUGGUCAUGGCCUAUGAUCACUAUGUGGCUAUCUGCCAUCCCCUGUGCUACCCAUCCAUCAUCACAGAACAGUUUGUCAUCAAUGCAGACAUUUUUAUUGUAGCCUGCAAUCUUCUAGCUACACUGCCCACUCCAGUUCUGGCUGCUAGACUCAAUUACUGUGCCAGCAAUGUGGUGGAGAACUGCAUAUGUGCCAAUAUUUCUGUAGCAAAGCUUUCCUGUGGGGAUAUUCAUCUAAAUAAGCUCUAUCAGUUUGUGAGUGUUUUGUGUCUACUAGGUUCUGACCUGGUGCUCAUCUUGCUAUCUUACUGCUUCAUCCUGAGGGUUGUUUUGUGUCAGCAGUCUGGAGGUGCAGUCACCAAGGCCUUGAGUACUUGUGGUUCACAUCUCAUCCUUAUACUUUUCUUCUAUACAUUGUUGCUAGUCUUUAUCUUCACAAACAAGGCAGGAAAAAAGAUACUGUCAGAGGUACCGAUUCUUCUCAAUGUGUUGCCUCAUCUCAUCCCACCUGCCCUCAAUCCCACUGUGUAUGGAGUAGGAACCCAGGAAAUCAAGCAGGGGAUUAUCAAACUAUUCAAACAAAAAAGUUCUUAG